UGAAAACGGAGCUUUCCCGUCGAAUUGGGACUCGCCUUUCUUCGCCCUCCUAAACCACGAUAGGGUACACGCCUCUUCACGUCACUUAAGCUCUUAGAUUUCUGAGAUUCUUCCCAAAACUAUUUUGUCCGGAGAGCCACCGGAACUAUGCUCUCACGGCUGAAACCCGCGGUUGGAGGCGGGCCUCAAUCAGCGGAUAAGCGCAGAAAGAAAGGCAAACGGCUGCCGCAGCUGGAAGAUUUAUUAACUCAGCGAGAUUUCACUGGGGCCAUUGCCCUUUUAGAGUUUAAGCGUCAGGUUGGAGAACAAGAGGAAGAUGCAAACCUGUGGAUUGGAUAUUGUGCUUUCCAUCUGGGUGACUACAAGAGAGCACUGGAGGAGUAUGAGGAAUUAAUCAAGGAAUCUGCCUGCAACCCUGAUGUGUGGGUGAAUCUAGCAUGCACUUACUUCUUCUUGGGAAUGUAUACACAAGCUGAACAGUCUGCUUUGAAAGCUCCCAAGAGUAGACUUCAGAAUCGUAUGUUGUUCCAUCUAGCACACAAGUUUGGUGAUGAGAAGAAACUGAUGAAUUUCCAUCAGAAUUUGCAGGAUAUAACAGAAGACCAGCUUAGUUUAGCAUCUAUACACUAUAUGCGAUCUCAUUAUCAAGAAGCUAUUGAUAUCUACAAACGCAUACUGCUUGAUAACAGGGAAUAUCUGGCCCUCAAUGUAUAUGUGGCAUUGUGUUACUACAAGUUGGAUUACUAUGAUGUCUCUCAAGAGGUGCUAGCUGUUUACCUUCAACAGGUUCCUGAUAGUACCAUUGCUCUUAAUUUAAAGGCUUGUAAUCAUUUCCGACUCUACAAUGGGAAAGCUGCUGAGGCAGAGCUUAAAAGUUUGAUGGACAGUGCCUCAACAUCAUUUGAAUUUGCUAAAGAGCUCAUUAAGCAUAACUUGGUAGUAUUCCGAGGAGGGGAAGGGGCUCUCCAAGUGCUCCCUCCACUGGUUGAUGUCAUUCCUGAAGCUAGACUGAAUCUAGUCAUUUAUUAUCUUCGGCAAGAUGAUGUACAGGAGGCUUACAACUUGAUUAAAGACCUGGAACCUGCAACCCCUCAGGAAUAUAUUCUGAAGGGAGUAGUGAAUGCAGUACUUGGGCAGGAAAUGGGUUCAAGAGACCAUUUGAAAAUUGCUCAGCAAUUUUUCCAACUGGUGGGAGGAUCUGCUAGUGAAUGUGAUACUAUCCCUGGGAGACAGUGUAUGGCUUCUUGCUUCUUUUUGCUCAGGCAGUUUGAUGAUGUCCUAAUAUAUCUCAAUUCAGUGAAGAGUUAUUUCUACAAUGAUGAUACUUUUAACUUUAACUAUGCACAAGCCAAAGCUGCUACUGGCAAUACCAGUGAGGCUGAGGAGGUGUUCCUCCUGAUUCAAAGUGAGAAAAUAAAGAAUGAUUUUGUUUACCUCAGUUGGCUAGCACGCUGCUAUAUUAUGAAUAAGAAACCAAGAUUAGCCUGGGAACUCUACCUAAAGAUGGAAACUUCAGGAGAAUCCUUUAGUCUUCUGCAACUAAUUGCAAAUGACUGCUACAAAAUGGGCCAGUUUUAUUAUUCUGCUAAAGCUUUUGACGUCCUCGAAAGAUUGGAUCCUAACCCUGAAUAUUGGGAAGGCAAAAGAGGAGCCUGUGUUGGUAUCUUCCAGAUGAUUGUUGCUGGCAGAGAGCCUAAGGAUACUCUAAGGGAAGUACUGCAUCUCCUGAGAAGUUCAGGCAACCCCCAAGUAGAGUACAUUGUACGUAUAAUAAAGAAGUGGGCCAAGGAGAAUAGAGUUGCUGUUUAAACAAUGUGAUCAAGCGAAUGGAAGUCAUCUAUAUUGUGCCUGGCUGGAAUACUAAGACACAAACAUUGGAAAUCUAUGAUAGAAUAUGUGCUUACCUAUUUAUACAUGUUGUAUGUAAUUAAUAUGUUGAUGCUGUAUGUUCAUUACAAUUUUUUACAGUCUCUCCUGCGUUUAAUUCUGGAGCAAAAAUUCAAAAUAAAUUCAUUUAUAAAAUU